ACUUCACCACUCUACCCUCUUUUAUCUCCAAAAUUUUACCUAUGUCAUUUAGCCCUUGUACUGCCUUUCUGGCUUUGAUGCAAGACAUGCUUUUGCAUGACAGAUUCUCAUCAGAAAGAAGUAAGAAGUAACCAUACAAAUCGCUAAAGAAAAGUCUAAACAGGCAAAAUCCCGAAACUGUGACAGCUUGCUGGGUUCUGCAGAUUGAUUAAAUACAGAUAAUAUUAUGUUAUAUGUUUAAUAAUAUCUGUUGAUUACAAAUGAAUAUUUAUGACUAUAGACACAGUGGUUGUGGAGGGGGUGUAUAGUUUCUUCUUGCUGUCUAACUUCCUUAUUUUAGUACCCUGUUGAGCUGACAAAGAGCAUAGACUUGGUCUGGCAAAUUACUUUGUGGCUAUAGCGUUGUGUGAGACCUUCUGCCAAAAUGGCUGAGCAGCUCUCCACGAUGACCACGGAGUACUAUGAGGAUGGCGAUUACCUAAACAUGACAGAAGAUCACACAUCAUCCUAUGCCACACCUUGUAGCUACCAGGUUACGUUCAAGUUUGCUGAGACCUUCAUUCCGGUGGUCUUCAUCCUGGUUUUCGUCAUAGCAGUGGUGGGCAAUGUGCUGGUGCUGUGCGUAGUGCGGCGCUACCGGCGGUCUCGUGAAGGUCCCUGUUCAUACUCUCUCACCGACACCUUCCUGUUGCAUCUGGCAGUGUCAGACUUCCUGCUCGCCAUGACGCUUCCCUUCUAUGCCAUUCAGUGGGCAAAGGGGUGGGUGUUCGGAGUAAUGGGUUGCAAGAUGAUCAGCGCCAUCUUUUCUGUCAACCUCUACAGUGGAAUCCUGCUCCUGGCAUGUAUCAGCUUCGACCGCUACCUGGCCAUCGUGCAUGUGGUGACUGCGGGGUGGCACCGCCGGAGCUGCCAUGCCCAAAUGGCUUGUGCUGUGGUCUGGACAGCUUGCUUUGGCUUAGCUUGUGUGGAUGUCAUGUACCAGACUGUCAUUCCGCUGGAACACUCGAAUCGUCAAGUCUGUUACCUUGUUUUCCCUGAGAAGACCAACUGGCACGUGGUGCUGCCAAUGGUCAACCUGAUCUUAGGCUUUGGGCUCCCCCUGCUGGUCAUGCUGUACUGCUACAUCAGGAUCUUCCGCUCCUUGUGUCAUGCAAGUCGUCGGCAGAAACGCAAGUCAAUGCGUCUCAUCAUCUCUUUGGUCUCCAUCUUCCUGCUCUGCUGGGCUCCUUACAACGGAUUCCGGUUAGUUGAAUACUUGAAUCGAUUGAACCUGUUUCAAUUGGGGUGUGAAAUGAAUAAGGCGCUGGACAUUGGGACCAUUAUAUCCGAGAGCUUGGGACUUACACACUGUGCCUUCAAUCCCAUUCUUUAUGGAUUUGUGGGGGUGAAGUUCCGCAAGGAGCUGCUGAUCAUGUGGAAAGGGCUUCUCUGCUCUCUAGGCUACCAAGGUCUGGAGGGAUGGGGGAUGAACCAGCAGAGACGCAGAAGAUCUGGCACCCUCAGCACAGAUAGCGAAAAUACAUCUUACUUCUCUGUCAUCAUGUAAUUCUGCGAGUCCUAUCUGAGAAAGGAUGGAGAUCUGACAAGACAAAGAGCAGCAAAUAUAGAACAAGGAACAAAGCUAUGGAAUGCAGAAGUGAAAAACCAAGAAACACCUAGGACAGCAAAAUAAAGAAACCCACCAAAAUUAUAUCUUAAAAAAAAAUCCUAAAUUCCCACAAAAAUGCAGAGCAAAGGGAAAAAUGCAGAGUAGUGCAGAGGAAAAAAAACGUUUGCAUAACUUUUUCAUUUUUGCGGGAUGUUGAACUGUAGCAAGUACUUCUCAGGUUAAAUAUUUUUUUAUGGAUAUAGUAUCGGCAUUUAAUUGUAUUUUAUAUUGCAUUUGGUCAUGAAAUAUGUAGCAGCAUCCAGCUGGUAUCAAAAACACCUGUGGCCUCCUGAAGAAUUUAUGCUUGCAGCUAAUAUUUUUGGUGCUGUAUCAUUCUCAUGCUGAUAACAGCCUGUGACAGACAACAAAAUAUACAUUUACAGUAAAACCUCGGACUGGGAGUAUGAUUCGUUCCGGAAACGUGCUCGUAAUCCAAAGCAAAAAUGAAAAGCUGAGAUAAAUCAAUAAAAAAUAUAAAAUAAAUCAAAAAAUGAGGAAACAAGACUCAACAUUGGCUACAUGUUUUCGAGCUCAGAAAUAUCUUUUCACGUAGCCACCUAUAUAGUUUUCUAAUGUUGAUUUUAAAAUUACAUGCAGUUCUUUCCUGCCAAAACUGCCCCUGGUGAAGCAGCAAAGCAGCAGAUCUAGGAAACGGCAGAGGUGAGAGUCAUCGAGCCAUCUGACAGCCUGUGGGUGACUCUUCAUCACUCAUCACAAGCUCCUCAAAGAGGACGGUUGUUGGCGUUCUUGUGUCGAUUACCAAUGACUGAAUGCAGUGUCGAGGAAGGACUCUUCUCCACUGCCAUGCAUCCAUGCUUGUGUCAUCUAUCUCAUGGUCUGCUAAUCCAUAUCGCUGACUUCGUUGGGGCAGUGUGGAACCUAAAAACUGUGUGUUUGCGGCCAAAUCACCGGGCAGGGUUGCAGCUGAAACUCCAGAAGCGUUCCCUACUCUGGCGAGAGACAGACUUCCUGGACCACUUGAUCAGCAAGGAAGACAUGGCCAAUGACCCAUAAAAAACUGUGGCUGUGCAAGACUGGACAGGUCUGUGGACUGUGGCAAAGCUGGGGGCUAGACUCAUACUACCAAUGCUUCUUAAAACACUUUCUUUGUAAAGCCGCUGCACCAUCUUACUGAGAAGGGAAGUGGUUUUGUGUGGACGGAUACAUGCACCGCAGCUUUAAACCAGCUCUGUGCAGCACUCACCGAUGCUCCCUUGCUAGCAUACCCAGACCCCCACCUUCCAUUACAAUACAGAGGCUAGCAAUGCUGGGCUAGGCAUGGUGCUGUCACCAGCGGGACCCAUGUGAUUCAUAAUACUUCUUGUACACUAUUUAGCAAAUCAAUUUACCUCACCUCGCUUCUUAGAAACUGUCCAGCUUCUGGUCCGUGAUGCUCCAGAACAAGUGGGACCUCUGAAAUUUGUAACAACAAAAGUAUAGAGGCUCACAUUUUUCACAAACCAACAAGGGCAGUGGAAAUUCUUGAAGCUCAUGUAAAGCUCCCAGCUGCAAAUGCAACAAGAUAGGACAGCUAGCUGAAAAUGAUGAGGGCAUUUCUUAUGAUACCUUCAUAUAUUCUGUCAGAACUGCAAGCCACUGUUUGGUUUACAUUAAAUGACAUCAUGAAUAACUGCUCUGUGAAACCCAGGAACCUUUUCAGGAAGCAACAGACAGAUGCCAGACUGAUGGAGUUGUAAGUGUGAGUUAUGUCACUUCAUGUGUCAGAGACCUUCGCCAUGCUGCAGCAACAAUGACACAGCAUACAAUAGUCACAGCCAUAAAAUCCUUGAUUGAGAUACGGCUGGCUGAGUUUGGUAUGGAGUGGAUUCAGUUGGCUGUGACCCUGGACCCAAGAUUUAAACUUGAUUGAUGCAUGGGCAGAGAAAGAGAAAACAUCCACAUUCUAAUGCAGGUCUUGUUACUUCCUCCACCAAAAGUAGCAACAACUAAGAACCGCUGUUCUCCACCAAAAUGGAGAAAAAAACAUUUUGCAUUUAUAGACACCCAAGUGCCAUCCACAUUUAUACAGGUACCAGCAUCAGAGGAGGUACCCAGUUACCUAAGCCUACCAUGCCAUACUGAGGAGUCUGGUUCUCUUCUGAACUGGAAGGAAAACCAAAGCUGCUUCUCCUAUUAAUAUAGGUUACUAUUUAUACUAUUUGGCCCAACUCUUAUGUCAGUACCCAGUCAUUCCUGCCUCAUCUGCUCCAGUAGAAUGAGUUUUCAGUAUUAGAAGCAAGAUAUUUUGACCUGGGAAAUGUAAUUUUAGUCAUGCCAAAUAUCAGGAUGUAAUGAUUAUUCAUAUAUAUUAAUUUAUUUAUGAAUACAUCAAUGAGCAUGAUUAUUUUGAGGUCUGAUAUGUUGUGGUAGCAUUUAUCAAACUAAACUGGAAAUUAUAUACUAGCAUAUAUAUAUAUCUAUAUAUCUAUAUAUAUAUAUAUAUAUAUAUAUAUAUAUAUAUAUAUAUAUAUAUUCAUAUCCUUAUCAUGGCAACAGUGGCAUUUACAUAAACUCACUCACCAUUCAUUGAGUUGAAGUUCACUUAACUUCAAGUUCUUAGGUUUAUUUAAUUAUGUGUAAUUAACUGUUUUUCAUGCAUCUCUUGGUAUCUGUAAAGUGUAUGACUAUUGCAUUGUUUGGCCUCGUUUUACCAGCACAAGGGCCAAAAUGUCACAAAUCCCUGCCACCCUUGUGUUUGGCCAUGCCCCCUGAACCAGAGCUGUCAGCGACCAGGACUACGCUACCUGUGCCAGCUCCGUUUCCAUCAGGAAAAAGGGGAGGUCACCCAAACUUAGCAGCCCCUGGAGGUGUCCUGAGGAGGUCCUAAAGCAGAUCUCCGCUUUGACAUGAAGAGUGCAGAUGCCAGUGUGGCGAGGACUGCACUAAUAGCAUCAUUCCAACUGAACUGGUUAGGCUCUCUCCUAAUAACAAUUCCUGUAUUAACAGAGAGAUUAAAUAUUGUCUCAGCCUCAAAUAAAUGGCAUUUAUUCAGGGAUACCAAAAACUUGUUGAUGAAUUGUAAAGGCAGCUGAAGCAUAAAAGUGAGCUGGCUGAGGUCCAGUACAAAGUUAUGAAGGACAAGGAGGUCACCAGGAGAAAGGGGAGGGAGGCACGGAGGAGUCUAAACACCAUGAUGGGCAGAGCUCAGAAAGCGGACAGUUACAGUGCUGUAACCCCACCUCCUUCUCAGAGCAGCUGAACUCCUUCUAUGCCAGGUUCAACGGGACCAGUUUUGUGAAGGAGUGGACCCUGACAAAUUCCAGUCAUUCAGUCAGUGUGGUGGAGCCGAAGGUCAUUGCCAUCCUCUGCAAGGUACAGUACCAGUCAAAAGUUUGGCCACACCAAGCUGGGCUGAAAGAGUGAUCGAGUGUCACAUUACAUGACCUUACACCACUGAAAUGAUUUUGGAGGAGUUUGACCAGAGAGUGUAGAAAAAGCAUUCAAUGAGUGCUCAGCAUAUAUGUGUGAACUCCUUCAGGACAGCUGGAAAAGCAUCCCAGGAAGCCACGUCACAAAACUGGUGUAGAGGAGACAGUAGGGUCAGCCAGGCCCUGGAGCAACUGGGGUUAAAGUCCCUGUUCAAGGGCCCAGUGCUGGGAUCACUCUGCCAACCCAAGGAUUUGAACCAGCAGCCUUCUGAAUCCCAACACACAGAACAGCCUUGUUCCCCCAUAAAUUUGUUAUUUUGUGUUUAAUAUUUUUUUGGUGCAUAAUCUCAAAUAUGUUAUUUUAUAGUUUAUAGAAUUGUUGUAAUUAUUCUAGAAUGUAGAGAAUAGUACAAAUAAACCUUUCUAUGCUCCAAA